AUGAAUACUAACAAUAAAGAUGCAUCUCUGGUGAUAAUCAACUACGAUGCCUUGGCCAACAAAGAUGUCGAAGAGAUUCAGAAGCUUGUUCAGGCGUGUGAAUCAGUGGGCAUGUUUUACCUUGACCUCGGGAAUUCUAGGAUGAAGGACGUAUACAAGGGCAUACCAAGUCUUCUCAGGGCUGGCAACGCAUUUUUUGAUCUGCCCGCCGACUGCGAAGAAAAGAACCAAAGCCUCCGCGAGGGAAUGGAGCGAGGAUAUCAUGCAGCCAAAACAUUCGAAUACUACGAGAUAGCCCGGGACGAGUAUCGGCAGGGUCGAUGGACGCUACCCGCUAGCCUCAAACCCCACGAGGAAUGCAUCACUAGCACCCUCCACACUCUGGACCGUGCGAUUCGGACCGUCCUAGCUGAACUCUGCAACGCUGUACAAGUGGAGCUUCCCGAGCUAAGUGACAAUCCAACGGCUGCCAGCGACACGGCCCUGAAGCUUGUGCACAAACCCCCGGUGCAGGAACCUGGCGCCGUUGUCCAGCCGUGGCACACGGAUUUCGGCCUCAUGACGAUGAUGUGGUACGAAGAGGUGACUGCACAGAUAGCAGUCUACGACUCAAAGGGAAAUCGCACCGAAGACUGGCAAGCGGUGCCCGUCGUUGAUGGCGCACUACUUGUCAAUAUUGCAGACGAACUAGAAGCUAAAUCUCGUGGUCGCCUACGCUCGACUGUGCAUCGCGCGGUAACGCCGCCUGGACCCAGAAAAACGGUAUACAGUUUGAAAACUACUUCCAUGCACCGACGCCGAAGAGUGGUGGCAGAAUAUUUGAUGCAUCAGCCUUGGGCGAAAGUGUUGCCGAAGUGUGGAUGGGCUACCAUCCCGGCGCUGGCUGGGAAUGUCUUUCUCGGUAUUUUCUUGCCAUCCUAUCACCUCGCGGACAUCGUCCAGCCCGAGGAAGCUCUGUAG